AUGGCGGCCGUCGUGGCGAGCAAGGCGCAGCUCAGCGCGCUGGAGGAGCUGAUGCCGACGGAUGACGACCUCCUGUACGAGGAGGAGCUGCUGCGCAACCCCUACAGCCUCAAGAUGUGGUGGCGCUACAUCCAGGCGCGCACCGAUGCGUCGGCGCGGCGGCGGUACGUCCUGUACGAGCGCGCCCUCAAGGCGUUGCCAGGCAGCUACAAGCUGUGGGCUGCAUACCUGGCCGAGCGCCGCCUGGCGGUCCGCGGCAGCCGCCCCGACCACCCGUCGCGCGCCGCGCUGCGCAACACGUACGAGCGCGCGCUGGUGUCCAUGCACAAGAUGCCGCGCGUGUGGCUGGACUACCUGGAGCUGCUGCUGGAGGGCGGCGGCGUGACGGGCACGCGCCGCGCCUUUGACCGCGCGCUGGCAGCGCUGCCCAUCACGCAGCACGACCGCGUGUGGGUGCUGUUCCUGCGCUUUGUGGGUGAGCCGGGCAUGCCUGUUGAGACGUCCCUGCGGGUGUACCGCCGCUACCUCCAGCUGGAGCCCGGCCACGUGGAGGAGCUCAUAGCGUACUGCAGGUCAGGGCAGAUGGCGGCCUGA